AUGCCGCUCCCGAAGGAGCCCGUGUGGGAAAGGAGGAAGAUCAAGGGCUGGAACUUCGUCUGGGCCACUUUCCAGAACGGGGGCCAACCGGCGGCUGAAUGGGUGGGGGAGGAAGCUCAUGUGGGUACUUGGCGGGGAACAAACGCCACACCGGAGACUUGCACCACGCAAAAUGCAAGAGCUCCAGGCCAGGACGGCAAGCGCGAGAAAAACAGCACACGAGACCCGAGAUCGAGAUUCAAUAUCGAUUCUUUACCUAAUGACAGGAAGGCCGUCUGGCGCGUAUCAUGAAAUUGCUUACGCGGCUCAAUUACAU